AUGCCGACUUCAACAGUCACCAAGCGCCUCGUAGUCUUUGAUUUCGACUGGACUUUAAUCGAAGCCGACUCGGAUUACUGGGUCGUGCAGCAUCUCGGCGGAGAGUUCGCCAAGGAGCAAGUGGAGCUCUUUGGAAAAGUGCAAUGGACGGAUUUGCAAGACAUGCUUCUGGGACGCCUCUACGAUCGUGGUAUUACUCGACAGGAUCUGGAAAGAAUCCUGCGAGAGGUCCCAUUUACACCGGAGAUGAUUGCUGCCCUGCGAGCGAUGAAAUCACAAGGGGCCGAGCUCUGCAUCAUUUCAGACGCAAAUACUUUCUAUAUUGACACUAUUCUAAAGGCACAUGGGAUCGAUCAGCUCUUCACUAAGAUCAUCACCAACCCCGCACACUUUGACUCCGUGGGCCGUCUCCGUAUCACACGCUUCCACGGCCUCGACAAAGAACCCCACGGGUGUCCCUUGCCAUGUCACCCGAACCUCUGCAAGGGCCACGAGCUCCAAAAGCUCAUCGACGCUCAAUCCUGGGACCAGGUCAUCUACAUGGGCGACUCCACCAACGACUUUUGUCCAUCCACACGUCUCCAAACCGAAGACUUGGUCCUUGCACGUGCAAGCCUGUUGCUCGAGAAGGAGAUUAGACUACACCCAGAGUUGGUCAGAGCCAAGGUCCUCUACUGGGAGUCGCCCAAGGAUGCACUCGCUAAGAUCCAGUCUGUCUUUGACCUCGUCGCGGCUGCCGUCCCAAGACUAGCUGUUCUGUAUGAGGACUUCUCCACCAAUAUAUAUUAA